UCUCCCACUAUAAAAAUAGAACAAAACCCCCUUCGUUUCACCGCCAUUUCCCAAACCCUCACACUCUUCCCUCCCACUUUCUCACUCGUUAAGCCACUUCUAGAACAAACUCAGUGAUCGAGUUCAAAAUGCGGGAGAUCCUUCAUAUCCAGGGAGGUCAAUGCGGGAACCAGAUCGGGGCUAAGUUCUGGGAGGUUGUGUGCGCGGAGCAUGGGAUCGACUCCACGGGGAGGUAUCAGGGGGACAACGACCUCCAGCUCGAGCGCGUCAAUGUCUACUACAACGAGGCCAGUUGCGGCCGCUUUGUCCCUCGUGCCGUGCUCAUGGAUCUAGAGCCGGGCACCAUGGAUAGCGUCAGAUCCGGACCGUACGGGCAGAUAUUCCGUCCCGAUAACUUUGUUUUCGGGCAGUCCGGGGCUGGGAACAAUUGGGCCAAGGGGCAUUAUACGGAGGGGGCCGAACUGAUCGACUCCGUUCUCGAUGUCGUCAGGAAAGAGGCGGAGAAUUGUGACUGUUUGCAAGGGUUUCAGGUUUGCCACUCUUUGGGAGGUGGAACCGGGUCAGGAAUGGGAACUCUUCUCAUUUCCAAGAUCAGAGAAGAGUACCCAGAUAGAAUGAUGCUCACUUUCUCUGUUUUCCCAUCUCCUAAGGUGUCUGAUACUGUUGUUGAGCCCUACAACGCAACGCUCUCGGUUCAUCAGCUUGUGGAAAAUGCAGAUGAGUGUAUGGUCUUGGACAAUGAAGCUCUAUAUGACAUAUGCUUUCGAACACUAAAGCUCACCACCCCAAGUUUUGGAGACCUCAAUCACCUUAUUUCUGCCACCAUGAGUGGGGUUACUUGCUGCCUGCGCUUCCCUGGUCAACUGAAUUCAGAUCUCCGCAAGCUUGCAGUUAAUCUGAUCCCAUUCCCUCGUUUGCACUUCUUCAUGGUUGGGUUUGCUCCACUCACAUCCCGUGGGUCACAGCAGUAUCGGGCCCUUACUGUUCCCGAGCUCACCCAACAGAUGUGGGAUGCAAAGAACAUGAUGUGUGCCGCUGAUCCUCGCCAUGGUCGAUAUCUAACUGCUUCUGCUAUGUUCCGUGGAAAGAUGAGCACUAAGGAAGUGGACGAACAGAUGAUUAAUGUGCAGAACAAGAACUCAUCCUACUUCGUUGAGUGGAUCCCCAACAAUGUUAAAUCUACUGUUUGUGAUAUCCCUCCAACUGGUUUGAAAAUGGCUUCAACAUUUAUUGGCAAUUCUACAUCCAUUCAGGAAAUGUUCAGGAGAGUCAGCGAACAGUUUACGGCCAUGUUCCGCAGAAAGGCUUUCUUGCAUUGGUACACAGGAGAAGGGAUGGAUGAAAUGGAGUUUACAGAAGCAGAGAGCAACAUGAAUGAUCUAGUUUCCGAGUACCAGCAGUACCAAGAUGCUACAGCAGAUGAAGAUGGCUAUGAUUACGAAGAUGAGGAGGAAGUUCAGGAGGAGGCCUAAGCAGUAUUGGAUUCCUGUUUCUCUUUCUGCUUGUGCAAGCUUUGAUAUGGCAUUAAUGUGUCGCUUUUGUUGCUGAAUACCUUAUUUGGGAGGCUUGAUUUGUUGGAAUUUGGUUGGUUUUUAGGCUUGUAUCUCGUUUGCCUUUGUGGUUGUAGUAUAGGGAUUUUUGUGUUACAAACAUGCUACCAUGAGGCGUUAAUGAUUAAUUUCUCA